UGUCCACAGAGAGAAGAUUUAAGGUCAGCCUUCAAGCCAGGAGGACCCAGUCAAGUGACAGAGGGUUCUAGAGGUGUGGCCCUGUUUACCCCGCCAUGCCAGCUGGCUGAGAGCCCAGGGUCCACAGCAAAGGCACUGCACCUGCCUUCACCAUGGAUGGCAUGAGCACAGCCAUCUUGCUUCUCCUCCUGGCUCUCAUCUCUCUGUCCCUGACCUUCGGCUCUUGGGGCAAGGGCCAGCUGCCCCCAGGACCCAAGCCUCUCCCGAUCCUGGGAAACCUGCUGCAGCUUCGCUCCCAAGACUUGCUGACCUCCCUCACCAAGCUUAGCAAGAACUAUGGGUCAGUGUUCACCGUGUACCUGGGGCCCAGGCGUGUGAUAGUCCUCAGCGGAUACCAGACGGUGAAGGAGGCUCUUGUGGACAAAGGGGAGGAGUUCAGUGGCCGCGGCUCAUACCCCGUGUUCUUCAACUUCACCAAGGGCAAUGGCAUCGCCUUCUCCAACGGAGACCGCUGGAAGGUCCUCCGAAGGUUCUCGGUCCAGAUCCUGCGGAACUUUGGCAUGGGGAAAAGAAGCAUCGAGGAGCGGAUCCUGGAAGAAGGCGGCUUCCUGCUGGAGGUGCUGCGGAAAACGGAAGGCAAGCCCUUUGACCCCGUGUUUAUCCUGAGCCGCUCAGUGUCCAACAUUAUCUGCUCCGUCAUCUUCGGAAGUCGCUUCGACUACGACGACGAGCGCCUGCUCACCAUCAUCCGCUUCAUCAAUGACAACUUCCAGAUUAUGAGCAGCCCGUGGGGCGAGAUGUACAACAUCUUCCCGAGUCUCCUCGACUGGGUACCUGGGCCGCACAGGCGCAUGUUCCGGAACUUUGGAGGCAUGAAAGAUCUCAUCGCCCGCAGCGUCCGCGAACACCAGGAUUCCCUAGACCCCAACUCUCCCCGGGACUUCAUCGACUGCUUCCUCACAAAGAUGGCCCAGGAGAAGCAAGACCCACUGAGCCACUUCAAUAUGGACACCUUGCUGAUGACCACACACAACCUGCUCUUCGGGGGCACGGAGACGGUGGGCACCACAUUGCGCCACGCCUUCCUAAUUCUUAUGAAGUACCCCAAAGUGCAAGCCCGCGUGCAGGAAGAGAUUGAUCACGUGGUGGGGCGCUCGCGCAUGCCGACGCUGGAGGACCGUGCAUCCAUGCCUUACACAGACGCCGUGAUCCACGAGGUGCAGCGCUUUGCAGACGUCAUCCCCAUGAACCUGCCCCACCGGGUCAUUCGGGACACACCUUUCCGAGGCUUCCUGAUACCAAAGGGCACAGACGUCAUCACACUCCUUAACACUGUGCACUAUGACUCCGACCAGUUCAAGACGCCUCACGAGUUCAAUCCCGAGCAUUUUCUGGACGCCAAUCAAUCUUUCAAGAAGAGCCCCGCCUUCAUGCCAUUUUCGGCUGGACGCAGACUGUGUCUGGGAGAGCCGCUGGCGCGCAUGGAGCUCUUCAUAUACCUCACCUCCAUUCUACAGAACUUCACGUUGCAUCCGCUGGUGGAGCCUGAGGACAUCGACCUGACCCCGCUCAGCUCAGGGCUGGGCAAUUUGCCAAGGCCGUUCCAACUGAGCAUGCGCAUUCGCUGAGUCCCGCGCCCAGGGACUGCUCUGUCUCUCUUCCAGUUGGGCCUCCAUCCAUGUCUCUCUCACAUUAUCUUCCCUAAACCCGGGGCCUGCCACAAUAUCGGUGGUACUUUACCCCUCCUGUCUUACGCCCAUCUUCAUGGAAAGAAUGCGGUGACAAAGGGGAAAUACCCAUCUUAUACGCACAGAACCUAUUCUAUGAUGCACGCUCUUCCUGGCUUUUUGUAUCAUUUCCUAGUAAACACCUUAAUAACAGA